CCGCCCUAGUUCAAGCAUAUGGAGCGCAGCUUUGAACAAGUGUAAUUGAACUGUUGGACGUUUUCAGCUUGGUUUAUCAACUCUUCAGCAGCCAUGUACAAUAGUGGCUACUCAAAGGCCAAAAUGGGCUUGGCAGCCAAGAACCUGCACAGAUCAAAAGAGAGGAGCUGUGGUUACUACAUGAGAAUCAUCUUAUUUUUCUCCUCACUAAUCCAGUCUCUCAUCAUCGUUAGUCUGGUGCUGUUCCUUAUUUAUGGAGAGCCACAGCAGACAGUGGAGGAGAAGAGAAUCCAGGAGUUGGAACAGAGUUAUAGCAAACUCUCGUUGGAAAACGUCGCUCUCCGAGCGAAGGAGAAGAACCUGACCCAGCAACUAAACAUCACUCUUCAUGCAAAGAAGCUCAGUGAGAAAGACGUGACUAACUUACGCAGACUGGCCAACAUUUCAGCUACUGCCAUCACUAACUUGCAAAGAAGAAUAUCUCAAAAUGAGUUGGAGAAAAGAACUGCUGCAAUUUCACCACGUCUGCCGUGUGCCCUACCAGGUAAUGACAAAUAUUUGGAACAUCGGCUUCGUCAAGCCGAAGAAUUGCAAAGAUUACUCAGGGCCAACUUCACCGAGCAAAUGUAUAUUACAAAACAUGAGUUAGAGAACGCUCAGAAAGACAGGAUCAGGUAUCAGUUGGAAGGAAUUGAACUGCGGCGGGACAAAGGCUCCCUGGAGGAGCGCAUCACCAUGUAUGAGAAGAAGUGUAAGGAGGACUUUGUCCACUCCUUAGAAGGGAUCCCUAAUGUCACCAAGGAAUUCCUCAAAAGGGUUGAUGAAUUGUUCUCCAAGCACAUCUCUUUCCAGCUAUCAUGCGAUAAACAAAGCAUUCAACUCGAGAACAUCCGUGCAAACUGCAGCAGCCUUUCCACAGAGGUGGAGAACAAGCUGCAGGCAUAUCUGGACAAAGUGGGGAGCCAGGUCACAGUUACUAUUGGUGCCAACGCCAAAUGCAUGACAGAAAACAAACGUCUAAAAGAAGACGCUACUUGGUGCAUGCAAAAUCGCACUGGCAUCAUGGAGGAGAACAGGAGGGUUCUCAAGCAAACCCAGCAAAAUUAUGACAAAGAGGUAGAACGGCUCCUGCUGGACAUCACCAAACUAAAAGGACAGAACAAACUUCUAGAUAAUCAAAUGUCUGUGAAAGAAAUUGAAAUUAAAAUGCUUUCUGAUAAAGUCAAGGACCUCAAUACUUCAUUGACCAAUUGUGGGAAGUUUCCUGGUGGAGCAUCCAGCUCAUUCUCUACGUUAUUUGCACAAAAUAGAUAUGGAGGCAGUAGUCCUGGGUCAAAUGUAAUGGGGUCUUUCAGCUCCACAUUUGGUACAGGGCUUGGUUCAUCUACUGGCUAUGGAGCAACCACAUAUGCCAAACCACCUGUGGGUUCAGGGGGAUUGCCUGGAACGGGAUUAGCUACGGGGCAAGGCAUGCAGAGACCAGAUACUACCGGAUCUAACCCAGCUGGAACGUUCCCAUUUGGGGCAGGAAAAAUGUCAAGUGAAGUAUCAAUAGUUCAGCACUUGCGAGAGCUUCAACAGUAUACAACAGGAUGAGACCAGAGACCAGGCCAAAGACCAAAUAUGGAAUGUGUGUAUAAUAAUGGUUGUAAAUAAUGACUUUAAACCAGCAUAUUCUAAUGCAUUAUCUACAGAAGUAUAUUAACAUUGUUGAAACAUGGCCCUUAACUUGGACUUGGGUGACAUAAAGGA